GACUGUAACUAAAUUCAAGCAUAAUUAGACAUAUGCAUAUGUACAAUCCGAGGAUGAUUCUUCUGUAUGCUUUUUGUUCACGGGUAACUACGAAAGUUGGUUGUCUAGCCAUGUCCAGACCCCUUCUGUUAGUUACGUUGCUUUUGUUGAUGGUGUUGACCUCCCAGUUGGAUUGGAAACAGAAAAUUGUAAAUGAGGUAGAAGCAAGAUCAUUAGCUCUUUCGAGAAAGCAGCAGUAUGUUCUAGAGAUGGAGGAAUCUGUUAAAGAGAAGAUAAUCCUGUCUCAGGAGAAGCAUAUCCAGAAACUUAAAACACUUGUGCAAAGUCUUCAAGAACAAUUGUUGCUGUGCAGGGGCAAGGAUGAGUUUGUAAACGACACUAUGGGCUCGUUGACUGAACUAUUAAAUGAGCUGAAACAACAGAAGAUCAUGGAGUAGCAAUAUUACCUUUCUCUAUACACGGCGAUUACUUCAAGAUUCCCAACUGAAUCCUGGAAGACAGAGGGGCAUCUGCAUUCCGCUGUUAUCGGGUGUAAUUUAACAUGUAGAUAAACAUUGUACUCAAAUUUCUUGGCUAUUAUCACCUGUUUCUAUCUAUUAAUUGGGUGUAAUUCUGAUGUCGACUGUUGUACUCUUUUUUUUGGGAAUUCACGGGUUAUCUCCCUUUUUGUGGUGAGAUCAGCCAAGACCUGAAGUGGGGUUGGGGGAGGAAUGUUUCUCCAGUUAUCUUGGAAGUCUUUUCAAUCCCCAAGUAGACUACAAUAAUGACUUCACACCAUACACUUGUUGUUAUUAUAAUGUAUACAUUUGAACAUCAAUCACAGUUUCAAAUCUUGAUUGUU